AUGGCAACAAAACACAACGACGAGAUGGGCAAAUCCCAGCCCCAGGAAGGGGAAAGCGACAUAAUUGCAACUCCAUCUGGCCCCGACCUGAUAUCACUUGGGAACGUUGAUCAGGCCCUUGCUGCAAAAAUGACCUUGGUGAAUGAUGCCAUUGAUCAAAUCGGAUUCACAGCAUACCAUACCAAAUUAUUCUUCCUCAAUGGAUUCGGAUACGGCGUCGACUCCUUACUCCUUUUCCUCAUGAGCAUUUCCGCCGACCAAGUCGUAACGCAAUACCCACCGAAAUUCAACCGAGGCGCGCAAUUGGGUUUCUACCUCGCAUUGCUUGUUGGAGCCUUAUUCUGGGGUGGCACGGCAGACAUCAUCGGUCGAAAAUGGGCAUUCAACUUCUCGUUGCUCACCAGUGCUAUAUUCGCCAUUACGGCUGGUGCGGCUCCGAAUUAUGCCGCCUGGGCUACACUGGUUGCCAUCUCUGCAUUCGGUUCCGGCGGUAACUUGGUGCUGGAUACAACUGUGUUUUUGGAAUAUCUCCCGUCCAAUAAACAAUGGCUUUUGACCCUUUUGGCUGGCUGGUGGGGUGUUGGCCAGACUGUCGCUGGUCUUGUCGCUUGGCCGUUCAUGGCUGGCUACAGCUGUCCCACCGAUGGAUCCGUACCGUGCACGAACGAGAAUAAUAUGGGUUGGCGAUACCUAUUUUAUACAUGCGGAGCCCUGGUCUUUGUUCUGAGCAUGGCUCGAGUCUUGGUCAUUCGAUUUCACGAAACGCCCAAAUUCCUACUCUGCCAAGGCAUGGACGAAGAAGUUAUCAAAACACUCCACGACCUGGCCCAAAAGCAUAAUCGAGAAUGCGACCUCACACUAGACCAGCUCCAGGCCUGCGGGCAGAUUCACAGCACACAUGCCAACAAUAAAGCAACCUUUGCCGAAGUUGGGGUGCAUGUUCGAGGCCUGUUUGCGACACGGACUCUCACCUUUUCGACCAUUUUGGUCUGGGCUUCUUGGGCACUCAUUGGCCUUGGAUAUGCCCUUUAUUAUGUAUAUCUGCCCGAGUAUCUAGCGUCUCGGGGUGCAUCUGCGGGUGAAACAUCGCCUGAUAUUACCUGGCGAAACUAUGCCAUCACCAACCUGUGUGCAGUUCCAGGGCCCAUCAUUGCCAGUUACAUGUGCGAAAUGCGAAUAUUUGGACGAAAGGGGACAAUGGCAGUUGGUGCCUUCAUGACGAUGGCCUUCUUUUUCGGAUAUACUGCUCCCCCCCAAAACCUCGGAUUUUCUUGCGCGAUCUCAGUCUCAAUAAACAUCUACUACGCGACUCUUUACGCUUACACCGUUGAGAUUCUGCCUUCGGCUCAUCGUGGUACGGGCAAUGGUAUUGCUGUGGCUCUCAAUCGAUUGAUGGGGAUGGUCUCUGCGUUGAUCGGUGCCUUCACUUCAACUUCUACGUCGGUUCCAAUUUACGUUUGCGCUGCAUUACUGGGAAUGGCUGGUGUUCUGGCCAUUCUUUUCCCCUUCGAGUCGCGCGGAAGACAAAGUAUUUAG